GCUUUUACUGUGAUUUAUGGCAGAGUGGUUUACUUUUAUCGGUAGACAAGCACCUUCUAAUGUGCCAGGUUCACCAUAUGCCAUUAGAUUCUCUUCAAGUGUUACCGAGUCAUCUGCUAUGAAACCUAUGAAUGUCUCUACUUAUUCAUGCGGUGAUAAUUCACUGGGCUGUUCCUGCGGUGAUUGCCCUUCAUCUACAGUUUGUUCCAACACAGUUUCACCAGUUUCCCGGAAAGGAGGUUCAUGCUCAGUGAGAAUUGGGUCCGUUAAGGCUAAAUGUAUUGACCUUGCUGUAGCGAUUCUAUAUAUCGUAUUAGUUUCUGUGUUCUUCGGAUGGGGUUUGUUUCAUCGGACUAGAAAAGCCAACCCAGCUUCUGUGACAAAACCUUGGUGGACUGUAAUGGAUGACAGUGAAGUUCAUUCUGUUAACAGGGAGAAGAAUGAAAAUCCUCCGAUGCAGGUGAAAACCAAUUUCGUUUCGAAGUAU